AUGUGGACGCCGACACAAUUUCUCAGCUUACUCGUCUUCUUCGCUGCCUGUGCCCAAGGUGCACCGACAAAAGAGGUUCGUGCAGACGUUGAGGGAAAAUGCAGCAGGGUGCAAGUAGCGAUCCUCGGCGCUGGCCUCGCCGGAAUCACUGCCGCCAAGGUGUUAGACGAUGCAGGCAUCAAGAAUUUCACAAUUAUUGAGUACAACGACCGAAUCGGCGGCCGUGUGUACAAUCGCGCUUUUGGGAAGCAGCCAAAUAGUGACGAGCCUUACUUUGUAGAACUCGGCGCGAACUGGUAUGAAGAUAUCUAUCUUCUUGAUAGUCCAACUAAUGAUGUCGAUAGGGUCCAAGGCACUGAAAAUCCAACCGAAGAGAAUCCAAUCCUGACAUCGGUCAAAAAUUACAACCUAACCAAUACACCUUCCGACUUCUCCAAUCUGACAGUCUUUGAUGAGACUGGUCAAGUGCACCCUGGCAGGUUAUCGGGAAGAUUCAAAGAGCUUCAAUCGCUAUACGAUAACGCCACUGAAGAGUAUCAGUACGACGCUGGUGAAAUAAUUCUUCAGAAUCAGCUAGACCGCAGUGCCCGUGCCGGCCUCGCUAUCGCCAACUGGAAGCCGGGCAGUGAGCCGCUGGCCCAAGCGAUCGAGUGGUCUUCGAUUGAUUUCGAAUAUGCCAAUCCUCCGGAAAAGACGUCUCAGCAGUACUCGGUCGUCAACACCAACACAUCCUUCCAACGUUGGGCGGACGAAAACAACCUUGUACACGAUGCCCGAGGAUUUGCCACCUUCUUCAAGGAGGAAGCCAAAUUGUUCCUGGACGAGAGUAGCCAAUUGAAACUCAAGACGAUUGUGGAGAACAUCACCUACUCUUCAGAAUCCGUCACGGUAUACAAUGGAGACGGCAGCUGCAUCACCGCCGACUACGCUAUCUGCACGUUCUCGCUAGGUGUCUUGCAAAAGGAGGUGAUCAGCUUCUCGCCAGAGUUGCCACCUUGGAAACGGACUGCCAUCCAAUCCAUGACCAUGGGAACCUACACAAAGAUAUUCAUGCAAUUCAAGCCAGAAGAUGUAUUCUGGGACAAGAGCACUCAGUUCUUCCUAUACGCCGAUCCAGUCCAGCGGGGUUACUAUCCUUAUUUCCAGUCCCUAGACCACAAAGACUUUAUAGAUGGCUCGGGCAUCCUCUUUGUCACCGUGGUCGACCAACAAUCAUACGUUGUGGAGGCCCAGGACUUUAAUAUAACCAAGAGCCAGAUCAUGGAAGUUCUGAGGGAUAUGUUCCAGCGGGAGAUUCCUGAUCCCAUCGACUUUUACUAUCACAACUGGACUCGCGAGCCUUGGGUGUACGGAUCCUACUCGAAUUGGCCGCCGGGUCUGACGUUGGAGAUGCAUCAAAACAUCCGCGCCAAUCUCGGGAAUCUGUGGUUCGCUGGCGAGGCGACUCAUCCACAAUACUUUGGGUUCCUGCAGGGCGCGUAUUACGAGGGUAUGAAUGCGGGCGAGGCUGUUGUAGGCUGUAUCAAGAACAAGGGGGAUUGUGUCAGAGGGGUCGCGUACGAGGUUUUGAAUGGAACGACUACUACUGACAAAUAUUCAAAGGUCAACGGGUGGAGUACCAAAACAUUCGUCAAAGAGCUUGGUAUAAACAUCAAAAGCUGA